GGCGGCGGCCUCCCGCAACGAGUCCCGGCGGCGGCGCGAUCCAGGCGCGGUGACGCGGCCGCGCAGGCGCAGAGCGCGCGCAGCGGCCAGGCCGGAGCAGGCGGAGGCAGCGCGAGCGCCCGGGGGGCCGAUCUCCCCAGGAUGACGCAGUUCCUGCCCCCCAACCUGCUGGCGCUCUUCGCCCCCCGCGACCCCAUCCCCUACCUGCCCCCCCUGGAGAAGCUGCCCCACGAGAAGCACCACAACCAGCCCUACAGCGGCAUCGCUCCCUACAUCCGCGAGUUCGAGGACCCCCGCGAUGCCCCGCCGCCGACCCGCGCCGAGACGCGGGAGGAGCGCAUGGAGCGCAAGAGGCGCGAGAAGAUCGAGCGGCGGCAGCAGGAGGUGGAGAACGAGCUCAAAAUGUGGGACCCCCACAACGACCCCAACGCCCAGGGCGACGCCUUCAAAACCCUCUUCGUGGCCAGAGUGAACUACGACACGACGGAGUCCAAGCUGAGACGAGAGUUCGAGGUCUACGGCCCCAUCAAGCGGAUCUACAUGGUGUACAACAAGCGGUCGGGGAAGCCGCGCGGCUACGCCUUCAUCGAGUACGAGCACGAGCGGGACAUGCACUCCGCCUACAAACACGCCGACGGCAAGAAGAUCGACGGCCGCCGGGUGCUGGUGGACGUGGAGCGCGGGCGGACGGUGAAGGGCUGGCGUCCCCGCCGCCUCGGGGGCGGCCUGGGGGGCACCCGCCGCGGAGGCGCCGACGUCAACAUCCGGCACUCGGGCCGCGACGACACCUCCCGCUACGACGUGCGGGACCGGGAGCGGGAGCGGGAGCGCGACCGGCGGGAGCGGAGCCGGGAGCGGGAGCGCCGGCGGUCGCGCUCGCGGGACCGCCGCCGCCGCACCCGCAGCCGGGAGAAGGAGGAGCGCAAGCGGGGCAGCCGGGAGCGCAGCAAGGACAAGGAGCGCAAGCGCCGCAGCCGCUCGCGCGACCGCAAGCGGGACCGCGACCGCGCCGCCGCCGCCGCCGAGCGCGACAAGAAGGACGAGGGCCCCGAGGCGGGCGAGGCCGCCGCCGAGGCGGGCGCCGACGGGCCGGGCGCCGACGGGCCGGGCCUCAAGCUGGAGGCGGAGGAGAAGAGCCGCGAGCGGGAGCGCCGGCGCGGCCACCGCGAGCGGGAGCGGGAGCGCGAGCGGCGCCGGGAGCGGGACCGCGACCGCGAGCACAAGCGCGAGCGGGGCGAGCGGCCCGAGCGGGGCGCAGACAAGCGGGACCCCGAGCGCCCGGCGCCCGCCGACGGCCUCGCCGCCGCCCCGGGCCCCGAGCUCUUCCUCGAGCAGGAGGCCCUGCCGCCCGCCGGCGGCUACCUGGCCCCGGAGAACGGCUACCUGCUGGAGCCCCCCCUGGAGUGAGCCCCCCCCCCCCGGGUAAGUGCCCCCCCCACCCCCCCGUGUAAAGCCCCCGCCCCGUGCUCACAAUAAAGGUGUUUUA